AUGUUUUAUUUCCACUGUCCACCACAGCUUGAGGGCACGGCCCCCUUUGGCAACCACCCCACUGGAGAUUUCGACGAUGGUUUCCUGCGCAGGAAGCAGCGCCGCAACCGCACGACGUUCACUCUGCAGCAGCUGGAGGCUCUGGAAGCUGUGUUUGCCCAGACGCACUACCCCGAUGUCUUCACCAGAGAAGAGCUGGCCAUGAAAAUAAACCUCACGGAAGCCAGAGUGCAGGUUUGGUUCCAGAACCGACGGGCCAAAUGGAGGAAAACAGAAAGAGGGUCCUCUGACCAGGAGCCAGGAGCCAAGGAGUCCAUGGCAGAGGUGACGUCACCGCCUGUGAGAAAUGUCAAUUCCCCACCCCCUGGGGACCAGGUGCGGAGCAAGAAGGAGGCCCUGGAGGCCCAGCAGAGCCUGGGGCGAACGGUGGCCCCCACAGGACCCUUCUUUCCCUCCUGCUUGCCAGGGACCCUCCUGAACACGGCCACGUACGCCCAGGCGCUGACACACGUGGCCUCCCUGAAAGGGGGCCCGCUGUGCUCUUGCUGUGUCCCAGACCCCAUGGGGCUCUCCUUCCUCCCCACCUACGGCUGCCAGAGUAACCGCACGGCCAGCGUGGCCGCCCUGCGCAUGAAGGCCCGCGAGCACUCGGAGGCUGUCCUGCAGUCAGCCAACCUCCUGCCAGCCACCAGCAGCAGUCCCGGCCCUGUGGGCAAGCCGGUGCCCCCUGAUGGCAGCCAGGACAAGACCCCUUCUGCCAAGGAACAGAGUGAGGGCGAGAAGAGCGUAUGA